GCAAAAGAAGUCUGAGCAGCCGAGCCCGAGGGUGGGUCUGGAACCUCCACAAGAGAGCAGAGCACCCCUUCUCCCGCCUCCCAGGGCUCCAGAAGCAGGACAGCCACCAUGCACAUCCCCGAAAGCCUCCAGGAACUGGCCGACAGUGAAGCCGUGCGGUUUCUGAAGAGGCCAAAGACGGUCGGGAGGAUCUUCGCAGGGGUCUUCUCCCUCAUCGUCUUCUCCUCCCUGCUGACCGACGGCUACCAGAACAAGACGGACUCCUCGCAGCUCCAGUGCGUCCUCAACAGCAACCACGUGGCCUGCAGCUUUGCCGUGGGCGCCGGCCUCCUGUCCUUCCUCAGCUGCCUGGCCUUCCUGGCCCUGGACGCCCACGAGAGCCGCAUCGCCAGCACCCGCUUCAAGACGGCCUUCCAGCUUCUGGACUUCAUCCUGGCUGUCGUCUGGGUGGGCAUCUGGUUCCUGGGUUUCUGCUUCCUGGCCAACCAGUGGCAGCACUCGCCUCCCAAAGAGUUCCUCCUGGGGAGCAGCAGCGCCAAGGCCGCCAUCACCUUCGCCUUCUUCUCCAUCCUCAUCUGGAUAUUCCAGGCCUACCUGGCCCUACAGGACCUCCGAAACGACGCUCCGGUCCCCUACAAGCGCUCUCUGGACGAGGGUGGCCUGGUGCUGACCACCCUCUCCCCGCCCUCUGCCUCCAGCCCCAUCAACACGCCCACCGCUGGCCCCAACAGCAUGAGUUACGCCAGCUCCGCCCUGUCCCCGUAUCUGGCCACUCCGAAGGUCCCCCGCCUCGCCAUGAUGCCCGACAACUAGGCCUCCUCACCCACCUCAGUAAAGAGCUCAUCCUCC